CUCAGAACCGGGCUGAUGUUCCCAACGCUGAAGCGUCUAAUUUGCACCUCAGCGAAGCGCCUGCAGGUGGGGAUUUUGUUGGAACAGGUCCGGGUAAAGGUCAGCUCCACGCCCAGCGCCUCGCAUUCCUGCAGCCUCGCCUCCCGCAGGAGCUUUAAAAGCCGCGCCGCCUCCUCCGCUCCUCACUCUCCUCUCAGAGACGCAGCAUCCGUCAUGUCUGCCACCUUCAUCUCCCGCUCCAUGCGCUCCUCCGCCGGCUCCGGCGGCUCCGUGAGGGGCUUCGGAGGAGGAGGGGGAGGAGGUGGAGGAGGGUUCUCCUCCUUGAGGGCCGGCAGCGUGUAUGGAGGAGCAGGAGGCUCCGGGGUCCGCAUCUCCUCCGUCUCCUCCUCCAUGGGUGGAGGUGGAGGCUUCUCCCUGGGUGGAGGUGGAGGUGGAGGUUUCUCCCUGGGUGGAGGUGGAGGUGGAGGUUUCUCCCUGGGUGGAGGUGGAGGUGGAGGUUUCUCCCUGGGUGGAGGUGGAGGUGGGGGUUUCUCCUUCAGCUCCUCCAGCAUGGAGGACAGCCUGGUGGGCAACGAGAAGUUCACCAUGCAGAACCUGAACGACCGGCUGGCCUCCUACCUGGAGAAGGUGCGCAAGCUGGAGAAGGCCAACGCGGAGCUGGAGCAGAAGAUCCACGGCUUCGUGGACAGCAAGGUGGGGCCCUCCACCCGAGACAACAGCGGCUUCUUCACCUCCAUCACCGAGAUCACAGAGAAGAUCCAGGAGGCCCUCCGGGUGAACGGAGCCGUCCACCUGAGUCUGGACAACGCCCGCCUGGCCGCAGACGACUUCAGGACCAAGUACGAGAACGAGCUGGCCAUGCGGCAGUCGGUGGAGGCCGACAUCGCCGGGCUGCGGCGGCUCCUGGACGAGCUGACGCUGUCCAAGUCGGACCUGGAGAUGCAGAUCGAGGGUCUGAGGGAGGAGCUGGUCUACCUGAAGAAGAACCACGAGGAGGAGCUGGUGUCCAUGCGGUCCCAGAUGAGCGGGCAGGUCCAUGUGGAGGUGGACGCCGCGCCGGCUCAGGACCUCACCAAGGUGAUGGAGGAGAUCCGGGAGCAUUACGAGUCGGUCGCCGCCAAGAGCCAGAGAGAGCUGGAGGCCUGGUUCCAGACCAAGACAGAGACUCUGAACAAGGAGGUGGUCUCUCAGUCGGUGACGCUGCAGGAGUCCAGGGGCGAAGUGACAGAGGUCAAAAGGUCACUGCAGUCUCUGGAGAUCGAGCUGCAGUCAAUGCUGGGCAUGAAAGCGUCUCUGGAAGCGACCCUGGCCGAGACCCAGAGCCGAUACUCGCUGCGGCUGUCCGGCUACCAGAUGCAGGUGUCGUCUCUGGAGGAGCAGCUGGUGCAGCUGAGGGCCGACAUGGAGCGGCAGGGUCAGGAGUACCAGAUGCUGCUGGACAUCAAGACCCGGCUGGAGAUGGAGAUCGCAGAAUACCGCCGCCUGCUGGACGGAGAGGGAGGCGGCAGCUCCUCCUCCUCCACGCGGCGCGUGGUGACCGUGGUGGAGGAGACCGUCGACGGGAAGCUGGUCUCCUCCUCAUCUUCAUCCGCCUCUUCCUCAGUGACUCACUGAAGCAGCCAAUCAGCUUCCUCCCUGCUCACUCACCUGAGAAUAAACGAGAGUCCGCCUCA